GUACGUAUUUUCUUCAAUAGAUGGAUCAUAUAGUAAACAUCAGGAAUUGUUUUUUUUAAUUCAUAAUGUGCAAGACAGAAAUAUUCUAUCAGCUGUUCAUAUUAUCUUGAUAGUAUGCAAAGCAUUGUUAGAUAAUAUUAUUGAUUUUUCGAAAUUUCUAUGCAUUUUAAGAGAUGGCAAAUAUAAUAAUAAACGAUUACACUAAAGAACUUUCGAAGUUGGAGAAAGAACAGAAUAUUAUUGAUAAAGCACCAUUUCGUCAUUUAAAAAUUAAUGAUGCACAAAUUUUAGAUUCAAUAGAAGGCAGAGAAAUAUGUGAACGUUGUUACAAAUCACGAAAGUUUUUUUGUUAUUCGUGUUACUUGCCAGUUAUCAAUGAAAAGUAUUUUCCGAAAGUAAAGUUACCAAUUAAGAUUGAUAUUGUUAAGCAUGCCCGUGAAAUCGAUGGGAAAAGCACUGCAAUUCAUGCAGCUGUACUUGCACCAGAAGAUGUCAAAAUCUUUACAUAUCCAGAUUUUCCAGAAAUAAUAAAUAAAGAAGAGACUGUCUUAAUUUUUCCUAGCCAAACUGGCAAAACCAUUGAAUCCCUUUUUGAAAAAAAGAUUGAACAAGGCGACAAAAUAAUUAUAAACAGAAUAGAGAAAGAAUUCCCUAUAAAGAGAGCUGUCUUUAUUGAUAGUACGUGGCAUCAAACAAAAGCCAUUUAUAAAGACCAAAGACUGAGAGAUUUACAAUGUGUCAUAUUAAAGUCACGAAUAUCACAAUUUUGGCGUCAUCAAAAAAAGAGUCCAAGGUGGUAUUUAGCUACAAUUGAAGCAAUUCAUCAAUUCUUAGUAGAAUUGCAUACAUGCGCAUUUGGUGUCAUAGAUGGAUAUGCUGACUUGGAGAAUUCUGUUACAAAAUCAAUUAAAGACGAGUUAGUUGAGACAGAUCAGAGAUACAGGGGUCAAUAUGACAAUCUUCUAUAUUUUUUUAAGUAUAUGUAUGAGAAAAUUCACACUAUUUACGAUCAUGAUAAGUUAUGGGCAUACAAGAGACCAUUAAUAUAAUUCUGUGAUAAAAAACUAUUCUAUGAUAAAGUAUUAAUGUCUUAUAGAUCUAAUAAUAAAAAAUUGAUGUUAAA